AUGGUCGAGUGGUUCUUCGAGCACUUUUCAGGGAGCGAAGUCCCGUCCGCAGCAGUUGCUGCAGCUGCAGGGGGCGGCCACUUGCCUGUGCUUGAGUAUCUACGGGCAAACGACGCUGGGAGGGACUGCAGCCGCGUGGAGGUGCAGGUGGUGCUGGACGAGGACAAGUGGACGGACAGCGUCCCCGUCAUGCCCGAAGGCUGGAAGGGACCCGUUGCGCGGUGGCUGUUCGACUCCACGCCCCGCGUAAUUGACGAGCGUGAGAAGAACCAGAUAGUUGAACUGGCGGUGAACAUCGGCGCUUUUGAGAUUGCCGAGCUCUUCAUGCCUCCAGACGCAAAUCUGGGCGACUAUGUCGACGUUCGGCUGCAGACAGCAGCCAUUGAACCACUGAUUGAGCGCGGAUGUUUACAACAGAGUAAAGACGUCUCAGCCAUUGCGAUUUGGACCCUCGCACGCGAUGGGAACUUGGACAUGAUGAAGCGAGUGGCGGCGCUACAUCGGCGUUACUCCAGGAAAAAGGGGAGCGAGUGGACGAGGUACUGGCAAUCUGCUUUCAACAGCGCGAUUGGUCGUGGAGAUAUCCCCAUGCUGAAGUGGAUGAUGACGCACCCUACCGUGCGUAGAAUCUGCAAGGACAUGAAAGAGGACGAGUGGGAGAAUUUCGAUUGGUUACUCCACAAGGCAGCGGACGGAGGGCAUGUCGAGGCGCUGGAGUAUUUCGUAGAGCAAGGGUGCUCCGAUAGGCACGGGCAGGCGCUAACUAACGCGUGCCGUAAAGGCCAUUUCGACUGUGUGAAGUGGCUGGUCGAGCGAUUCUCAUCGUACCAGGAAACCAGUUCUCCGGUGGUUGAAGCAGCUCGUGCGGGCCAUUUAGAGAUUUUGCAGUUUUUCCACGACCAUGAAUUAUCUGCAGGAGGGCGUGCUGAGGGUGAGACCAGCCCUAAAAGAAGGCGAACGGACCCGACGAGCGCUUUCUGGUCGAGAUCUCGUGACGCAUUCGACGAGGCAGCAAGCAAUGGCCAUUUAGAGGUCUUAAAGUGGCUGCAUGCCAACAGAUUUGAGGGAUCGACAGCUAAAGCGAUGGACUCGGCUGCGCGUAAUGGCCACUUGGAAGUUGUCAAAUGGCUCCAUGAGAACACAACCGCCGGCUGCACGACGCGGGCGAUGGAUGCAGCCGCUUCAAAUGGCCACUUGGAAGUUGUGAAGUGGUUACACGCCAACCGUAGCGAUGGGUGCACGAUGAGAGCGGUUGAAAACGCGAGCGGGUAUGGAAACCUACGCGUUGCGAGCUGGUUGUGCUGGUACUACCCCGAGUUCGUGCCGUCGCGCAACCGCCUCUGGAUGUACCCGGAGAACCUGUUUGACACGCUGCUAUUUAUCCAAGUGAACUACCCGGAUCUGUUUACUCUGGAAUUUGGGCGUGGCACCAAGGCUGAUCUUUCUGACGAGAUUGCGAGGGGGAGUGAAACUCUCGUCAAAAAGUGGUUAGCUGAAAAGUACCCCGGGCGCCCCAGUAACGAGAGAGAAGUCUUCUUCUGGAUGAUGUAA